AUGUUUACGAACCCGUGUAAAAAGCGCAAGACGCGGCCCGUUCCUGGCUACCGUGCCCUGAAAUGGGAGCAUGGGUCUUACGUCGACGUCGAGUCCCUCGACGCGGAAAAACCGAGCUCUCACGACAAAGACACUGAGAAGGCGGGCUUGAAGCAAUUGGACCUGCUGAAGUAUCCGCGUCAGAAAGCCCUAACCGACCUCAUCGAUCAGUUCUUCAAAAAGGGCAGCGACAAAGAUUGCCUCAACGGCUUCAAGAAACUCGUCAUAAACACGUUGCGCCCCUUCAUCAAUGACACUCAGACGGGCGAGAGGGAACUCGAAGGCUUCUUCGUCUUUGUUCGUCACAACGCCUUUAUUCGUAUUGAUUACAAGUUGUGGCGGUACAACUUCAUUACAGAUGGUGAAAUCGCAGGAAACAAGCGAAACACUCUAUGCUACACAUUCUGUAUCUCCCUUGUUGAUCAUACCGAGCUGCGCAUGGAUGAGCUCAUCUAUCUGCUCUCUGAGCACGCAGGCGACGACGGGGCAGUACGCGAGUACAUCAUGAAGCUCAUCAAUGUGUGGCUGGCCGUCAGUGGCCUGAUGAAGUUAGAGACCUCCGAGGCGUAUGCGGUGGUGAUGGUCAUAGCUGAAGGGCUGAAAGCCGAACGGCAGGGAGGAUGUAUGUGCCCUUGCUUGCAGAAGUCACAGGAUGUCCCUGUCCCGGACAAGGCCGGGCGUCCGCUUCAGACGUUGGCGGGGACCUCACUGUGGCUAAAUGGAAACCUCUCCUCCUCCUCCUCCUCCUCCUCCUCCUCACUGAGUGUACGCACGCAGGAGACUUAG